ACCUCACGCAGUUUGAAGGCAUUACUGUUAUUCUCCCAUGCCUCCAUGUUUUAGUUAAGCACACACACCGUCCAGUAUUCCUCACCCUCGUUGGGUACGCUGUCGUCUUUUAUCGUCGUUAAUUGUGGUGUCCUACUGUAUUCAUUUUGAGAUGGCUUAGAAAUUUAGUUUACUUGUGAUUGUACUUUGUAGCAUUUUGGAGAUUUGAGGUAGAUGUCAAGUGGCCUGCGGAUCCACUUAUCUCAAGUCUUUAAUCCUGACAAUCGGUCAACUGCUCAUAGCAGCGUCCAUGUGGUGCUUAUUUAACAACCAGAUACCAUACCUAAAACCACUCAUUUUACACUGAUAAAAUAUAUUUACCAAGAACAAGGAACAUUUCUGUAAAGGGAAUAAUAAUAACACCACAAUACUAGUUCAGGGUUUAAACCUGAAACCGUAAAUACCAGUUCGGGGCCCAGCCCACUGCCCCUAGGAAUGUUUCACUCAACCCUCGAUACACACUCCGUACGUCAAGAUGUCGGACUAUAGCAGUACCCAGCAUAUCAUCGAAGACUUGGACUUGUUUUACUUUAGGCAGCUUGCCAUAAGUCUACAGGACUAUGACAUCCAGCAAAAGAUUGACCUUGAGAUCAAGAUGCGUGAAGGCACCGCAAAGCUGCUGGCGGCGUGCAAGAGAGAGACGCAGUCAUUGGAAGCGGCCAAGAGCCUCCUUAUGUCAAAUGCACGUGUUAUGGCCUACAUGUCAGAACUGCAGAAACGAAAGACGGCAGAAUGCAUGGAGAGGGCGUCUGGAAAUUCCAUGAGUAGUGAGGAGAUUCUCAUUCCAUGUAAAGCUAAGGUUGCUGUCUCAGAUCUUCGGAUACCUAUAGUCUGGAAGGAAGAGGAUCAUAUUAUGAACAAAGGAGACCACAAUCGAUAUGCAGUGUUUUGUUUACUGAAAAUUGGAACUGAGAUUUAUGACACAGAAAUGGUGACAAACGUUGACCGCCAAUCAACUGACAUUAAUUUUGAUGAUGUCAUUAUUUUCGAAAACAUUUCACAUGAGUUUGCAUUCCAUCUUGAAGUGUAUUCCUACAAUCUACACAACGAUUUAACAAUUGCUAGCACGCCGCAAAAGAUACGUCGUAAGCUCAAUUCCUUCUCCAACUCGCUUGGCAAGAGUGCUGGCAAGAAAACACAAGCAGCUAUGAUGACCACAUCAAUAACUGUUGAUGAUGCAGUUACACAAGGUCCACGUUUCAGUCUGGUUGCGAAGGCUAAGCUCAGUCUAAAGGAUAUAUACAAUGGGAUUAAGAUCCAUGAUUUGCAAGUGGAACAAGAUGUAACAUGUCCUCAUAGACUAAGGAUCUAUGGACACUUCUGUUGUCGAUUAGUAGCUCAGCCAACAUGCAUGAUGGAAGAAAUGGUGUCUGGGUAUCUUAAUUUCCAGGAGAUUGUAGGGACUAAGACGCAGUGGACUCGUAAAUGGUGUGUUCUGAGGGAGGGUAAGCUAAAAUGCUGGAAUAAACCAGAAGAUGUUGGUAGUGUAAUACCGGUCACUUCAAUUAGGAUACAAAGGGAUACAGUAGUAAGCUCGACUGAUCAAGCGGUACGUAAACGACUCAACACAUUCCUGAUGACGUGUAAAAACGGCAGUUUCAAAGUGAAGUACAUCAUAGCAACAGAAUCCAACAGAGCUUUUUCAAAGUGGAUUCAAGCAUUUGAACAGCAUUUUCUUGAUACAGGGUGCUGGAAGGAAGCGUGUCAGUCAAAGAUGUUGGUGAAAUCUCCAAAGCCCAAGAGGAUUGCCCCAGCCUCACCACCAACCAGGAAAGCAUCCAUCUAUGAAGAUUUAUCCAUAACAACCCCAGACAAGAAUGAGAAUAUUGAUGACGUUGAUGGUGUGUUUGAUGACUCCCCAGCAGAUAAUUUAAGGUCAAAAGUCAAGCUGCAGACGAACACAGAAGAAAGUACAAGUCCACGUAUGUUAGGUAGAGAGACAAAGGUUUGAAAACAACUGUGUACUGCAAAAAAUGACGCUGAUGGGAUCUCCUUCAUGAAUUGAUUGUUAUUAUGGUGGAGGUGGUGGUCAACCUUAAAAUAAAUGUUUUUGUGUGCAUAUACUUUCCAGCAUUAUGGUAUAAAUUUAAAAUUGCCUUUGCAAUCAUAUUUUUAUUCAUGGUUUUGUAAGGCAUGAAUAAAGUCUUUUCUUGUUUUAAUGCAUCGAGGCAAUAGCAGCUAUAAAUCAAUUGUUAUAUAUUGCAUUGUGGUAUAUAUAUGUAAAUAUUCAUUGAAUUUAACCAUUUUAAUACUAUUUUAUAUACAACAACUCAGUAUUCCAUUAUUAUUAUUGUUAUUAUUAUUAUUAUUAUUAUUAUUAAUUUUGGUAUUGUUAAAAUUAUCAUCAUUGUUGUUAUCAUUAUGUCACAGACCCUGUGAUUAUGUGUAUAGUAGGUAGUUGAUUUGACUUUCAUACCACAGUACUUGUGGUUAUACUGCUCUCACAGUUUAACAUGAUAUAUCUUUAAAUCUAAAUUUAUGCUAUUUAGACUGGACUUUUGUGAUCAGUUUUAACAGUUACUAUGACCAAACAUCCAAACACAAUCUUGUGGGAAAUGCUCACAAAUGGACUCUCCGGAGUGUCAAUUGAACUUAAACAACUGACCAAUCAGAACAGUUCCAAGAAUACGCGCCUGUCCUACAAAUACACGUACAUUUAUGUUAUUUUUUUGUGGGAUCUUAGCAACAAUAUCUGAAGGGCUAGGCUUAGCGGAAUCGCAAUUGUCAGCUGUUACAAAUGGGCGCUACACGCUCUUUUUGACUCCUCAUCAACAUAGAAUCCAAUCCCAAUGAAUCGCAAUAAAUUCCAGAGGCACUGAUCAUCAGUGAACAUGAGCCAAUCAUUGUAGUGGCAUCAACCUAUGACCUCAUGUUCUGCUGUAAAGUUUGUUGUGUCCGAAUGCACCCAAACUUUGCAAUUGGUAGCGAAUUGGAUUGUAAUCAGUUUUGAUUGCCACUGUUGACAUGGCAAUGAAUGGUCCUUUUAGCUAAGCCCCGCCCCUCGUAUGUUGUUGCUAAAGUCCCACAAAUCAACAGUGUUAAAACAUACUUUAUGCGUUUGUGGGACAACAUGUGUGUUUGUAAGACACAUGUGUAGUCCCGGCCCUCGUCUGAAUGGUCAGUUGAUAUUCCGGAAAGGUGCAGAAGUCUAGUCUAAAUAGGAUAUUAAACCGCCGCCUUUGUUCUCACUGUUACACAUUAUAACAACCUAAUACUGUAGCUACAGUAUAUAUAAACAUAGGGCACCCAAAGGUUGCAAUUGCUAGCAAACAGGAGUAUUUAUUAUUACCACCUUUGACAUCGCAACCAAUUGCAACAGAAGUCUAGUCUAAAUGGGCUAUUAAUUAAACUGUCACUCUCACCGUUACACACUUUAAUGGCCUAACACAUUUACUAUAUAUAACCACAGAGCUAUUAACUGAAAAUAGACCAUGGUUUAAAUUAGUCUCCUAAUGAGGUUUGAGAGUGGCUUUUAUGGUGAUUAAAUUCUCGGUCAGUUAUUUUCAGUGACCAUUAUGUGCUAUCGCAUCAAUACCAAAUAUAGAUAAUGUAUAUUUUGAUAUAAAAUAUGUAUAAAAAGGUGCUGGUCAAUAUGAGCAGAUAACAAGUAGAAUCAAGUAACAUAUUGAAAAAUGAUUACCAUUUCAUUUCUUACUUCUUUAAAACUUUCAUUAUUUACCAAAGUAAAGCCCUGUCUAGACUGUUAAAUGUUGUUUAACAAAAACAUGUGAUAUGCCUAAAUAUGGUCAUGAUGACAUCACAUCAUGACCAUAUACAGCCACAUUAUGACUAUAUAUGGGCAUACAACAGUUUUUUAUCAAAGAAAAUUUGAUAGUAGAGACAGAGCUUAAGAGUUAUGCUAUCGUGGAAGCCUACAGUAUCCAGGUAUAAAAAGCCUGGCCAAUAACGUUCGACUAAUUUUAAUGUGAAUGAAAAUUUUGACACUGGUGUUCCUCAGAUAACAAGUCUGAAAGUAAAAUGAACCAAAUAUGAAAUAAAUUGUGUUAAUAUUUAGCAUCAAAAUACUAACUAGACCAAUAGCCUUUGGCUUCCUAGGCCUAACCCUUGGUUUUUGUGUUUAAGGAUGGGGGAUAAUAUCUUCAUUUAUUUAUUCAUCAAUAACUGUACAAUCAACAAUAAAAAAGAUAUUAAAAUAAAAUACAAUGAUGAAAGGGACACUUGGGGUGGGGAAAGACGAGGGGUGUAUGUUUCAGUGGCUUUGGGUUAUGAUUUAAUGGGGCUUUAAUGUCUCUGGAUUGGGUACUCUUUGAUGGAGUUGGGAAAAUGAUUGGGCCAUGUACAUUUUUAUUAAGUUGAUCGGGGAUAAUAUAUUUUAAUUGUAUUCAAAAUGUUUGUAGCAUUAGGACACUUUUUAUUGGGUUGAGAGAACUUGUAGGGGUGGGUGUGUUUUAAGUGGGUUGGUGACAUUUGUGUGGAAGAUAAUUUUAAAUAAUUUUAAACUAUUUAAAGAUUGUCUCUACAGUGGGGUUGGGUUUUGAAGUAUUAAUUUUGUUUUGUUUUGUUUUACUAUUACAAUAUUGUCAGUAAAUAAUAUUGAUAGUAAGUAGUAAUAAGUAGUAAUAAUAUAUAUGUUUCAAAGAUUUCUAUAAAAUCUUGUAAGUUUUAUAUUUGUGAAGUAUCCAGGGUUUAAUGGUGCUUAUACUCUGUCAUAAAACCUUCAUAAAUAAAAACCUUAAUUACAUUAAUUUAGGGAGUAACCUAAAAUUGCUUGCUUUUAAAAUAUGGUGUCACCAAAAAAAUUCAUUGUUAUCGUUAUUGUAAUUAACAAUGUUGUAUUGGAAAAUUUAAUGUAAUUGUCAAGUAAGGGGGGUUUUUUUAAAAUUUUUUAUUAAAAAAAAUAAAGAAUACACUAAAAUAGAAUUUGGGUUAAUUAAUGAAUACUAAUUUAUAAUUACAAUUAUAAAUUAUAUUUAUUCGUUAAUAUGCAAGCAACCUAUUUAAAUUUACAUAUAAAAACUCAAAGGUACUAAAUUGAAUUGUGUAUACCAAAAUAUAAGUGUAGGGGAGUGUUCUCAGUCCUUUUGUAAACGGUGUAGUUUUGUUAAAAUGUGUUUCUACGAUUAAAAAUAAAAGCGGUUUUUUAUACUUAAUUUGAAAGCUUACAAUUAUUGUGAAAUUUUAAGAUUAACUUAAUAAAUGCAGACUUAAAAAAUAAGUUCAUGCAACCGUCAUGUUAUCUCCCAUAUUUCUACAGUCCUGUAAAAAUAGAAUGAUUUGCUCUGUCCAAACACACAAUAUGGGCUAAUCAUAUAAAAUUUUAUAAUGUUGACAGACAUUAAAUAGAAUGCUUAGCUCCGUCCCAAACACACAAAGUCACACCCAUAAAUAUGGGAUAAUCAUGGUGUGGACAAAGUUUAAAUAGAAUGUAGACCUCUGCAGUGGCAUAUCUAGAUGUCUUGAAAUGCCGGUGCUGAUAUGAGAGGGAGGGGGUCGAAGGUGAAGUGGGGGACUCGAUGGUCAGUUGAGGGGUGCAAAUUCGCGAAAUAAGGUAAUUUUUAAUUACUUGACAGUGAUUUUUGGGGUGACGACUGCACCCUCCUAGAUACACCACUGGAACUGUUCAUACUGUGAAGCUUUUAUGUGAUUUGCCCAUAUUUAUCAUGUUUUGCAGAACGAAAAAGGGUAUUUGUAAUAAAUGGAAACUAAGUAGGAAGAAGGCAGAGACCAACAAAACAAAUUUUGUGUUGGCCAGCCAGAAAUAUUAAUACAAAGGGAGAUGGAUGUAAAGAAAGAAAUAAACAGUAAAAAGUUGUACAAUGUUUUUGGUAUCAUUUACUUGUAAUGUAUCACAAAAUCUUUAAAUGAAUAUUAAAGUUUUUGUAAAUAUGA